AUGCCGGAGGACCCUCAAAGCAACCUCGAGUACUCUCAUGUUUUGAAGCUAGAGUCCAGCCUUGAGAGCGCCGACACAAUUUUCGGUGAAAAGCAAGCCAUUCACGUGGAAACCGAGGCGAUCUACUCAGUUGAUAGUAGCGAUUGUUCUCAAGAUGGGGGUGAAGACUACGUUUAUUGGGAUGGACCUAACGACCCUCAGAAUCCUAUGAACUGGGCAAGUUGGCGGAAAUGGGUCAUCAUAGGAUUGAUCUCCGCGAGCAGUUUCAACGUCUCGAUGGUCUCCACGGUAUUUUCGCCCGGUGUGCCAGACGUGCUGAAAGAGUUUCACAUCAGCAGCUCCUCAAUUCAGUCCCUCUUGACCACGAUCUAUGUCAUGGGGGCUGCAAUUGGCCCCAUCAUUCUGACGCCCAUCACUGAGAUGACCGGGAGACUGCCUAUGACACACACGGCAAACGUUCUUUUCACCGUGGCGGCUGCAGUCUGCGCAGCUAGUGUGAACACGCCCAUGCUUAUCGUGUCGCGUCUGAUCAUGGGCGUCGCAAGUUCGGUGCCUGUGACUGUCGGCGGAGGGUUCGUUGCCGAUAUGAUGCCGAUGGAGAAACGUGGAACAGCGAUGACGAUAUGGACAGUGGGACCACUUAUGGGGAUGGUGACCGGCCCUAUCUAUGGUGGUUACAUGGUUCAGAAUAUUGGAUGGAGAUGGACAAUCUGGCUGGAAGUCAUCUUGGGUGCGGUCAUCGCAAUUGCCUCAUUAAUCCUACUUCGCGAGACAUACGCUCCUACGAUUCUGCAGCGGAAGGCGAUGAAGCUGCACAAAGAGACCGGCCGUCCUUACAAGACGAAGUACGACACCGACAAGACUGCUGGACAGCUUAUCUGGGUCUCAUUGACACGGCCAAUCAAAUUCCUCGUGCUGUCGCCUAUCGUGUUGAUCGUGACACUGUACAGCUCCGUCACCUACAGCUACAUGUACAUUCUCUUUACGACAUUCACCGAGGUGUUCGAAAACGUCUACGGCUUCGGUCCCGGCGAAGCCGGACUCGCGUAUCUGGGACUGGGGCUAGGCUUCUGCUUCGGGCAGGUGACGGUCGGAUAUUACUCCGACCGCUAUCUCAAGAAGCAGGAGAAGCUCCACGGGAAGAUGAAGCCCGAGGACCGCCUCCCGCCCCUCGUGCUGGGAUGCUGUCUGGUCCCGAUCGGUCUGUUUUGGUACGGCUGGACCGCCGAGUACCGACUGCACUACAUGGUCCCGAUUGUCGGGACCUUCUUCGUGGGCGCGGGAAUCUACUACGUCCACCUGGUGACGCAGGUGUAUCUGAUCGACUCGUAUACGCUGUAUGCCGCCAGCGCGGUGUCCGCGGAGCUCGCGCUGCGCUCGAUCUUCGGGGCGACGAUCCCGCUGGGCGGGGGUCCGCUGUAUGACAAGCUCGGCCUGGGCUGGGGCAACAGCGUGCUGGCGUUCAUCGCUGUCGCGUUUGCACCCACCUCUCUGUUCUUGCUGAAGUACGGGGAGAGGAUUCGGACAAAUCCCAAGUUCCAGCCCCGGAUGACAUGA